UAGAGAGCAGAGGCCAUUCACUCUGACACACAUGCAAACACACACAUGCACACACAGGGAGACAGAGCCGGGCACUGAGGAGACCAUCAGCAAACUCAAGCCAAAGUGGACUUCAGGGAGCACAAUGAUGGGAAGAAUUGAAAGGAGCCCUUGAGUCUUUCCUGGGAAUACCUUAUGGAAUACUCCAGAAAUGUGACCAGCCCCGGAUUUCUGAGCUAAAAACAGCCUCAUUUUCCUCCAGCAACUGGUGGACACUCAAAGCAGGAUGCCAACCGACGAUUAUAACUACCUGUCUGAUGCGCUGCCUCCUCUACCUGAGGUCCCGGACUCUGGAUCAAUCCUGAGCUCCGUUGACAUCCCAUCACGUUGCCUCCGCAACCCGGCCUUCCGCCACACCUCCUCCCGCUACUACUCGGCCCACAGUAUGGACUCCACCAUGGACAGUGCCGAGAGGCCCAUCAGCUACACCUCCACCUCUUCCUCUGCAUCCUCGCGGGACAGUCACUGCUCCCUGGGCAGCCGCUCCACACUUGUACCCACAUCGCAUUGUCAUCCAACCACCUCUGACCGGGACUCUGGAGCGAUUCGGUUGGAGCUGGUUCCUGCCCGGCAGCUGGGUUGUGGGGAGGAACAGGAGAGAAAUGAUGGGGUGGCGGAUGCAGAGAGGGAGUCUGGGCGGCAAGGAAGUGAGCAAACUCCAACGGACCAUUCAGAGACAGAGCUCAGUCUGGAUAGAGGAGGUGAACGGACUGGACAGGGACAGGGACCAAGGACCUAUGUGGACAGGGUGGUGCAAGAGAUUCUGGACACAGAGCGAACAUACGUUCAGGACCUGCGUAGCAUUGUAGAGGACUACCUGCAGUGCAUCAGUAACCAGACCAAAGUCUCUCUAAGUUCUGAAGACAAAGGUUCCUUGUUUGGUAACAUCCAGGACAUCUACCACUUCAACAGGGACCUGCUUCACGAUCUUGAGAAGUGUAACGCCGACCCGGUGGCCAUCGCCGAGUGUUUCGUCUCCAAGAGCGAGGAGUUCCACAUCUACACGCAGUACUGCACCAACUAUCCCAGGUCGGUGGCUGUGCUCACCGAGUGCAUGAGGAACAAGGCGUUGGCAAAGUUUUUCCGCGAGCGGCAGGAAUCUCUGCGGCACUCCCUGCCUCUGGGCUCCUACCUGCUCAAGCCGGUGCAGAGGAUCCUCAAGUAUCAUCUACUGCUGCAUGAGAUCGCCAACCACAUGGAGAAGGACACAGAGACGUUCGAGGUGGUGCAGGAGGCCAUCGACACCAUGCAGAGAGUGGCGUGGCACAUCAACGACAUGAAGAGGAAGCACGAGCACGCUGUCCGACUUCAGGAGAUCCAGAGCCUGCUGACAAACUGGAAAGGUCCAGAUCUGAUUGGCUAUGGGGAGUUAGUUUUGGAAGGAACCUUCCGUCUUCAACGAGCCAAGAACGAGAGAACGCUCUUCUUGUUUGACAAGCUUCUUCUUGUCACAAAAAAACGGGAAGAAACCUACACGUACAAGGCUCACAUUCUGUGCUGCAACCUGAUGCUUGUGGAAGUUAUUCCAAAAGAGCCACUCAGCUUCAGUGUUUUCCACUACAAGAAUCCCAAAUUACAGCAUACGGUCCAGGCCAAAUCCCAGCAAGACAAGCGCAUGUGGAUCUUGCACCUUAAGAGACUCAUACUUGAAAACCAUCCUGCAAAAAUCCCUGCCAAGGCCAAACAAGCCAUUCUCGAAAUGGAUGCAAUGCAUCAUCCUGGAUUUCACUACAGUCCGGAUGGAGACAAGAAGGAUUCCCCACAAACAAAGGAAGGUCCAAGCCCACGAAGAGGGCGCAGGAAAGAACCACUUUCCAAAUUAUUGAAAAAUGCAAAACAGAGUGUGGCCAACAGUGAGAGUGAGAAGCGAUCAAGUCUGGGCGUCUCUCUCCUCUCACCGGUGUCCCAGCUGGCUUUGGGCACCAUUGGCCGCAGCCGGAGCCUCAUCAACCAAUCGCAGGAGUCUCUGGACCCUGGUGACCACUUCGAUCACAGUGACAGAGAAGAAGCGGAGGAGCAACACCAGCAGGAUGCAGACGAUGAAGAUGACGGUGGCCUGGCUGGUGGGAAAAAGCUGCGCGUCCCCGGCAAGAGCAGUCGGAAGAGGCUGAACCCUCAAGCUUCAGUUGAUAGUAUAGAGCAGUGGAAGUCCUUCAACAUGAGUCCUUCGGACCUACAGCGAGCCAGAGAAUCUCUCAUGAGGGAGGGGAGCCACCAUCCACCUCUGGUCAGGACCCCUCGUGUGACAGAGGAACCGCCAGACUCACCAGUCCCCUCCGCUAAUAGGACACAAAGAGAGUCUACAGUUAGGAACAUCUGGGCCGACCACAGGGCUCGUCGGGCCAUGUUCCCCACCAGACAGCGGACAAUGCAACCGGACGACGAUGAGGACAUCUACCAGAUGUUCGUGCCCACAGAGGAAAGCAGACCAGACCCAGAAGUGGCCCCAGACAGGCAGGAGGACUCCUCCUCGUCACCCAGGACAGCCCGUCCAUGCAGCUGGCACGUUGAACAGCUGCCCACGGUGCAGAUCGACCCACCGCCCAGCAGUGGCAGGGUUCUCCGUAGGGCAAGCAGUGCGGGGGAGAAGGUGACAGAAGCACUCAAGAGUCCUGAUGAGCCUGGUCACAUUCUGGAAGUCAUUCACACCGAGUCGUCCAGCAAUGACAUAUCAGGGUCGUCUUCUGCUGAGCAGCUGACGUUAGACGACAUUGAAAAUGUGUACGACAACAUUAGCUACGAAGACCUGAAGAAUAUGGGUCUGGUCAGGAGAGACGUGGAGGAUCAUCACAAAGAGUCGGAAGUGCAGGCCUCACGAACCCAGGACACGGCAACGCAGAACACUGAAGAAGUACCCUCUCUCCCAGAAUUAAAGAACGACAUGGACACCUUCAACAAGUCGACAAAGGAAGAUGCUUGUGAGCUAAAGAUUGUAGAGGACAACAUCUACGACACCAUUUGCUUCCAACAACCACCAUCAGCUGAGCAUAAAGCAGUUCAGAGUGACACCGCGAAACAGGAGGGACACAGUCUGCUGGCCUCUGACCAAGAUCUAACAGGAAGCCUCAGGCAGUUUGUGUCUGAGGAGAGUCUCCAGUUUGGAGACGAUGAUGUCUUGUCACAUCCGGUCACAUGCUCUCCUGAGCCAGACUACUCCUCCUCGUCUGCCUCGGAGGUAUUCUCUAAGCACUCGCAGAGGGGGGAUCAGAUGUCGGAAGAAGUAGACGAGAUCUGGAAUGACUUGGAAAACUACAUCAAGGUCAAUGAGAAGAAAGCAGAUCGACUGCCAGCAGCCUUCCCUGUGAGCAGCAGCGAGUCUCCCAAGAGGACGCCCUCGGUCAAAAACAUGCGCACAAAGAGUCUCCCAGAAGUGAGUUUUCAACUGGCAAACGCUCCAUUGAAGAGUCCCACAGCACUUUACGACACACCAGUGAGGUCCUCUUCAUCGUUCACCAUCCCAGUCAUCAAUGUGCCCGAGCUUCACAAUGAAGAGCCAACAGAAGACCGUUACAGUCCUGAUGGUGGUCCGCACACUCCUGUUCAAGCAGAGCCCCCUCCAGGCACAGUCAAGAGCAUUCGCAACAGACUAGCUCGCCUCAGCAGCGGCAGCUUUCGCCUAGAGGAUGACGACUUGGUCGAGCUUCCUCAAAGACACGUCCCUACUAAAGACCACUCCAAUAAGGACAUGCACAGCUUGUUUCCAGGAGAGCUCGCAGGUCUGGACUCCCCGCUGGCGUCAUCCAGCUUGCUGCUGGGGGAGUCGGUGGACUUCCCACUGGAGUUUAUGGACAAAACAAAGAGUCGUGUGUUCCUAAUGGCACGUCAAUACAGCCAGAAGAUAAAGAAGGCCAACCAGCUGCUGCGCAUGAGGAGCAUGGACCCAGGAGACUCAUGCAGUCGACCAAGAAUGGAGAAAAGGCGCAAAGACCUGGCUGCCAUCUUGGAAGAGAAGAAACAAGGAGGUGCUGCUAUAGGCGCAAGGAUAGCGGAGUACUCUCAGCUGUAUGACCAGGUGAUAUUCAAGGAUCCUCCAGGAACAUCUUCUCCAGCGCCACAUCACACUCAUCCGGGUCUUCCAUCUUCUCCGUCCCUGCCUGAGACCUCGCUGGAAGACGACUGGCUCCACUCCACCUAUAGCAAUGGGGAGCUGUCCAGUUUCCUGUCAUCCACCCACGACAUGGCAACCCCAGCCUCCACCCCCCAGCGCAAGCUGACCUCCGCCUCAUCUAUCCCUUCCUUUCAGGCAACCCCUCUCUCUCCCUCGAGCCCUCCUACUCAGAGGUGGAGUUCCUGCAUGCCUGCACCCAGCGAGAAGGAGGAACAUGUGUAUAGUACUAUUAAGAGACAUCCAUCUUUCAAUGAAUCCUCUUCUACUCGCUCGCUCAGCUCUGGAAUAAAAAAUACUCAACCACCUACACAAAGACUUCACAGUCCCAUUCUGGGCAAAACCGGCCGACAGAGCAGCCUCCCAGAACGGUCCACUCAGGGACAGUCAGAUCUCACUUUACAGGACGGCCAACAAGUGGUGGUUCUGAACCGAGCGUCCGCACUCAGCAUCCUCAGCGCCACGCAGAACUACUUGGCCAACUUUAAAGACAAUGGAGAAGAUGACGACGACUAUGUGGAGAUCCGCUCUGAGGAUGAAAGCGAGCAAGACCACGACAAAAUCAGCGGCAGCUCACAUCAGAGCUGGGGUCACCUUCAAUCCCAGAGUUUGCCUUGCACUCCCGUGCGUAAAUGUGACCCACUGCGCUCCAUGGAUCAGGAGGAACUGGAGAAAUAUCUGUGGAGUGAGCCGCAGCAGAACCAGCCCAACAUCGUCCAGUCACUGAGGGAGAAGUUCCAAUGUCUGAGCUCCAGUAGUUUUGCCUGAGACAUCCAGAGAUGUUGAAACAAAACCUUUCUUACCUUGCAAAAUGUUGAAGAAACUAGUGCUAGGUGUCGCUGACGUUAGAGAUGAAUUGUUUUGAUUCAGAAGAUAACUGGACCAGGCAUUACAUAAUGACCACCUCUAACCUUCAUAACAAGCAAAAAUUCCAGCUCUUCCACAGCUCACUACACACCAAAUGUUUGUAUUGACCCUGUAGUUGGUACCCCUGAACUGCAAAACCGACAUUUGGUAUAAACAGGUGGCCAUAAUGUUGAGACCAAUUGCUUCAAAUAUUGAUGCGAACAGAUACUGUUCCGAAAACCCGUCAUACUCACAAAUCCUACUUUCAGACUUUAUGUAUUCUAUUUUUGGUCUUAAAAUCUACUAAACUUAGCACUUGUAGUUUAUUUCAUGUGAGUAUGGAACAAUCUAAACCUCAGCAAGCAUUGCUCAGAGUCACAUCUUAUAUAUUUCACGUGUUUCUUUUUCAGGUUUAAUUUCUGUUACCGGAGUUGGGUUGAAGUCUUUUGUUUGCUUAAGUAGCCGAAUAAACUUAUUUUGAACAUGUCAAUCAAGCAGCUUUAGGAAUGACAGGCUAGGUUCAGUACUAAACGCAUUAUAUCACGAAACAAAGCAGCUGUAAAAAGUGGAUAGAACAUUUAAAUAGAGCUGGUUAGGUCAUGAACUGAGUCAACAAUUUUAGGAAAUAUAAGGUUUUAUUUUCGCCUCUAAAAGCAAUUCAGAUUUCUAUCUGUAUCAAGGGCAUCUUCAUAUUUUGGAUUUCUUAAAGGGCCCGCAUAGGAGAAGGGAAGUUACAAUCACAACUGCAGUACUGUAUUGUCUAUUGUCAACUGUCACACUACUGAUUUUGUCACACAAUAAAAGCCACAUCAGAGCGCGGUUGGUAUCUGUAUCACAAAGGAACACGAUCAAGGGGCGUAUUUUAUUUAUUUUUCUCAGGCGUCCCUUUGAUGUCGCCCCAUUAUCUCACGUUGGGCUGGGUCCAUAACAAGUUGUAAACAAAAGAUACAAAUAUUUAUUAAAUUAUGGUCAUAUUUUCACGUCAACUUUUCCAUCAUAUACUGUGAAUGUGUGUUCUGAUUAAAAAAAAUUCCUGCACUGCUUGAUGCAAGUCACAGAAACACAAGGAAGCACAAUAUCACCACCUACUGUUCAGGAACGCCACAACAAGUUAAUGAAGUUCUUUUCAUUGUCAAUGUCUGUCCUCUAUUUUACAGAUAAGUCUUCAUUGACUCUUCUAUUGCACUUUUGUUAUUUUUUUUUUAAGUUGUAAACUCUUUGUAAAGGUGUACAUUUUAGGAAAAUUAUUCUUGUAUGCCAUAGGUAUGCUUUAUAAUGCUUUAUGUUUAAGUUAAGUCUACUAUGUUUUUAACAGCCUAGUGGUCAUUGUUUCAAUAAAACAAUGUAUUGGAGAUAAUAAAUUUAAACUAAAUAUCA